AUGGAGCACUAUUUCUCAGAGCCCCUCCCCAGCUUCCGCGACGUCCCGCCCGCCGAGAAGCAGCUGCUCUUUGUGCAGAAGCUUCACCUCUGCGCGUUCACGUUUGACUUCUCGGACCCCUCGAAGCGCGUCCGCGAGAAGGAGCUCAAGCGGCAGACGCUGCUGGAGCUCGUGGACUACGCCAACAGCGGCCAGGGCAAGUUCACAGAGGCGGUCAGCGAGGACAUAGUGUUCAUGCUGAGCCAGAACCUGUUCCGGACGCUGCCGCCCAGCCGCAGCCACGACGUGGACAACUUUGACCCGGAGGAGGAGGAGCCGCUGCUGGAGCCCGCGUGGCCGCACCUGCAGAUUGUGUACGAGUUCCUGCUGCGGUACGUGGUGUCCAACGACACGGACGCCAAGGUGGCCAAGAAGUGA